CAUUGAAACAUGUUACAGUUUGUCUCUCCCCGCUCGCGCUGUUAACUGUUUAAAUAUCUGUUUGUUUGUUUGUUUGUUUUGUUUUUUCAUUUUUGUUAGUUUUUACUUCCGGAGCAGGGCGUGCAAGACAGUGACGUCAUGGCUAAGAUGGCAGCCUCCAUGGUGGAGGGUGGAGAGGAUUCGUUUCGGAAGAUAUUCAAGUUUUACAGGAGAAGGAACCCCCCGCCGGACCUUAGCGACGUCAUCGACUUUUCCAGGUGUGCGCCCGGUGAACAGAUUGUUCCAGUUAACCUCGACACCGCCGCGGUGAGCGAUGUGGAAGCCACUAGAGUCGGAUUACAGCCCGUCAGAGAGUGGCGAGCCUUCGGCCUGCGAGGACACCCAGGGUUCAUCUUCAUCUCCGAUCCAUUCCUUCGCGGCACGCAGCCGUUCUGGCUCCGACAGUGUCUGAAGAUUUACCCUCAGAAACCAAACAUCUGCAACCUGGACAUGCACAUGUCCCCCUUAGAGACUCAGGACAUCUGGGGACAGAGCGUGCACAGCCUGAGAUCUUCUCCGGCUGGAAAACGAGAAGCGCGGACUCUCCUGGAGCGGCUGCGCUGGGUCACGCUGGGCUAUCAUUACAACUGGGACACAAAGACGUACUCUCCCAGCAGUCACACUCCUUUCCCACGUGACCUCCACCUCCUCUCCGCUCACAUGACAGCUGCCUGCGGCUUCCCUGGCUUUAUCUCGGAAGCGGGAAUCCUCAACUAUUACCGAUCAGACUCUUCUCUGGGAAUCCACGUGGACGAGUCGGAGCUGGACCACACUCGACCGCUGCUGUCGUUUAGUUUUGGUCAGUCAGCCAUCUUUCUCCUGGGCGGCCCCCGCAGACAGGACCCCCCCACAGCCAUGCUCAUGCACAGUGGGGACGUGAUGGUGAUGUCAGGGCCCAGCCGCCUUCUGUACCACGCAGUCCCACGAAUCCUCCCCGCACCUCCGGGGCGUCUGGCAUUAGAGACGGGGGGAAGCAUCCAGACCCCCCCACCACAGGAAGGCUCCGUGGUGGAGCCGGUGUCCGAGGAGGAAUGGGCUGUCUGCUCCAGGUACAUCCAGAGCUCCAGAGUGAAUGUCACUGUCAGACAGGUGCUGGCACCUGGACAGAAAUUUCCAGAAACUCCCCGUUCUCACCAAACCACGGACACUGGACAGACGGACGGAUACGAUGAUGGAGAG